AUGGCUCCCAUAGCACCUGCAGAUCGAGUGUGCAUUAGCUGCCAGACAGAGGAUGGAAAAUACAAAUGUCCCCGCUGCAUGAAAUACACCAAAAAGCACAAGGAGGAACACCCGGCCGAGGAGGACAAGCCAAAGCCUACCCCUGCCGAUUCAGCCACGGGAGACAGCUCAUCCAGUGGAGAACAACAGCCCGACGAAUUUAACAAGCUCUUUGCAAAGUAUCCAGCGCUGGCCAGCUACCUCAACCAGAUUGCCGACUCGACCGAGCCGCCGUCCAACGACCCCGAGGGGGGCGACAACGGCGAUGCUGGCGGUGGUGGCGGCGGCAGCAAGUUUAGUAGUCACCCGCGCAAGAAGCCGCGCCACAACAAGCCCUGGACCCGCGAGGUCGGCUUGCAGAAUGGCCUGCACAAGCUGCGCCAGCUGCGCGACCAGGACACCACGGGCGCGCUCAAGGAGUUUGGCGAGCUCGUGCUCAUGAUCAACGCCCAAAAGGCCCAGGAGGAAGCCCGCAAGGUCGAGGCUCAGAGAGAUGCCGAGCUCAUCGGUCAGUUGAUUCGCGAGGAGCGCGACUAG